AUGGGAAAUUUUGGAGGACAUGCUUUGCCAGGAUCAAUUUUUGUGUUAAUUUCUUUUUGGCAUAUUAUUUCAUUAUACAAAAGAUAUUACAGAUGUAAGAGAGAAAAUUCCAAAUUUGUGUCUGCAGUGUGGUUUCCUUGUCUUUGUUUAUGUGGGAAAGCUGAAUCUUGGCCAAUUGAACCAGUGAUGAAAGUUAUCCUUAUUACCAUCGCCCUAGCUUUAGAGAUUUAUACAGGAUCUAAGAAUGGAGUAUUGUACAUGACUGGUAAUAUACAACAUGUGACUAUGUAUUUCUUCUUUGGAUUGGCUAGUUUUAUUGAUAUCCUAGUGUACUUCCAGACAAAUUUACCAACACAUUUAGACUAUGCUAUGUUUUUUCUUGCCAAUGGUGUGGAAUUUAUCUUAUUCCGCUUUCAUCUGCACGGGAGAAGUUCUUUGGAUGUCCUACUGCAUACUUUACUGCUAUAUAUAUUAGUAGCUCUAGCAGUCAUUAUUGUCUUAGAGAUGAGAUAUAGAAAUAAUCUUCUGAUUGCAUUGACUUGCAGAUUUGUAGUUCUAUUGCAAGGCACAUGGUUUUGGCAAGUGGGAUCUGUUUUAUACAAACCUAUGUUUGGAAAGUGGGACCAAGAAGAUCAUGAGCAAAUGAUGUUGAUUCCAACAUAUUUUGGAGUGCAUAUUUGUGUAAAUUUAUUGAUUAUAUUGUUGCUAGGUAGUGUGAUAUCAUGUUGGAGUAAUAGGAAACAGAAACAAUGUCUGGAUGAUAUGUACACUAUGAAAAGAUUGAUAAAUACUAAUUCUCAUGCACAAACUGUGGUAGAUUUAAAUGAUGAAAGUGGGGAGGAGGAUGGUGAUGAAUUCCAGAAAGCUUAUUGA